AUGUCGUUUAUUGCAGAAACUUUCAUAUUUCUUUAUGUGGGUAUGGAUGCCCUUGACAUGGAAAAGUGGAGGAUGACCCAUUUAAGAUUUGGAAAUUUGUUGGGAAUUUACAAUUGCUUAAUCUUCUUAAUAUUGCUCGGGAGGGGUGCAUUUAUUUUCCCCCUCUCCACACUUGUCAAUUAUAUGAAUAGGCGCGUCGAAGAAAUACCGAGUAUCACAUUACAACACCAGAUAAUCAUUUGGUGGGCUGGACUAAUGAGGGGUGCAGUCUCCAUCGCUUUGGCUUUGUGA